AAUAAAUGUAAGUGAGAGAAAUGAGUGAAGAAGUAAGGAAUGAUAAUCCUUACAGCAGAUUAAUGGCAUUAAAAAGAAUGGGAAUAGUUGAAAACUAUCAAUAAAUAAAGGAGUUUACAGUAUUAGUAGUAGGAGUAGGAGGUGUAGGAUCAGUUUUAUGUGAAAUGUUGACACGUUGUGGAAUUGGAAAAUUGAUAAUGUAUGAUUAUGAUAAAGUGGAAUUAGCAAAUAUGAAUAGGUAAUUAUGUUAUCAAAAUUGUAGAUUAUUUUUUACACCAUAAUAAGUAGGAUUAUCAAAAGUUGAGGCAGCAAAAUAAACUUUAUAGAAUAUUAAUCCAGAUGUAGUAAUUGAAGCAUAUAAUGAAAAUAUUACUUCAGGAACAGGAUUUAAUUAACUAUUAGAUAGAAUGUAAAAGGGUGCUCUUUAAGAAGGACCUGUAAAUCUAGUUUUAAGUUGUGUUGAUAAUUAUGCUGCACGUAUGACAAUUAAUAGUGCAUGUAAUGAAUUAGAUUAAGUUUGGAUGGAGAGUGGAGUAUCUGAAGAUGCUAUGUCUGCUCAUAUUUAAUUAAUGAUACCUGGAGAAACAGCAUGUUUUGCAUGUGCUGUACCUAUAGCAGUUGUUGAAAAUAAUGAAUAAUAAAUUAAAAGAGAAGGUGUAUGCGCAGCUUCAUUACCUACAACCAUGGGAAUUACUGCUGGAUUCUUAGCUUAAAAUACACUUAAGUAUUUAUUAGGUUUUGGAUAAACUACAUUUCUACUUGGAUAUAAUGCCCUCGCUGAUUUCUUCUAAAAUUAUGCUAUCAUGCCCAAUUCUGAAUGUAAAGAUCCUAAUUGCUUAAAAAGACAAAAACUUAAUUCAUCAAAUUUAAGAUUAAAUAAAUUAAAAAUGAGAAAAGAAUUAUCUCAAUAAAAAUAAUAAGUUAUUCAUACAGAAAAUGAAUGGGGAAUUGAAGUUGUUCCUGAUGAUAUACAAAUUAAUGAUUAAUAAUAACAAUCAUAACAAUUAUAAUCAUAAUCAUAAUCAUAAUCAUAAUCAUAAUCAUAAUCAUAAUCAUAAUCAUAAUCAUAAUCAUAAUCAUAAUCAUAAUCAUAAUCAUAAUCAUAAUCAUAAUCAUAAUCAUAAUCAUAAUCAUAAUCAUAAUCAUAAUCAUAAUCAUAAUCAUAAUCAUAAUCAUAAUCAUAAUCAUAAUCAUAAUCAUAAUCAUAAUCAUAAUCAUAAUCAUAAUCAUAAUCAUAAUCAUAAUCAUAAUCAUAAUCAUAAUCAUAAUCAUAAUCAUAAUCAUAAUCAUAAUCAUAAUCAUAAUCAUAAUCAUAAUCAUAAUCAUAAUCAUAAUCAUAAUCAUAAUCAUAAUCAUAAUCAUAAUCAUAAUCAUAAUCAUAAUCAUAAUCAUAAUCAUAAUCAUAAUCAUAAUCAUAAUCAUAAUCAUAAUCAUAAUCAUAAUCAUAAUCAUAAUCAUAAUCAUAAUCAUAAUCAUAAUCAUAAUCAUAAUCAUAAUCAUAAUCAUAAUCAUAAUCAUAAUCAUAAUCAUAAUCAUAAUCAUAAUCAUAAUCAUAAUCAUAAUCAUAAUCAUAAUCAUAAUCAUAAUCAUAAUCAUAAUCAUAAUCAUAAUCAUAAUCAUAAUCAUAAUCAUAAUCAUAAUCAUAAUCAUAAUCAUAAUCAUAAUCAUAAUCAUAAUCAUAAUCAUAAUCAUAAUCAUAAUCAUAAUCAUAAUCAUAAUCAUAAUCAUAAUCAUAAUCAUAAUCAUAAUCAUAAUCAUAAUCAUAAUCAUAAUCAUAAUCAUAAUCAUAAUCAUAAUCAUAAUAAUAAUAAUAAUCAUAAUAAUAAUAAUAAUCUAAUGAUACAUCUAAAGAUAAUACCAAUUUAGAAGACUUAAUGAAUCAAUUAAAGAGUUUACAGUGA